AUGCAGUUCCGGUCUACUCUGCCACAACGCAAAAAAGAGUGUCGCUUUCUUUACUGGAUGGGAAAUUCUUUGAGAAGAUUUAUCUUUCCAUCGCACUCUGCGCCUAGUACAGAGGCUGCUCUGCUCUUAAUGAAGUUGAACGAGUUUAAGGAAAUCCCUGCCGGGACAACCUCCCCUCCCCCCCGAGCCAAGUUCACAGGCGCAAGCCAACGUCGCCUGGAGAGAGAGCGGGGCGGUCCGGCUGGAUGGCUGGGGCCGGGGGGCGGGUGGGUGCGCGCGGAGCCGCCUUUUCCGCUGGGUGUCACUCUGGGGCGGGAGGGAUGGCUCAUUCAAAAGCACAGGGAGGGGGCAGCGCCACUCGUCUCGAGUGAGCGGCCAGCUAGAGAGGGAAGGCAGCAGCCGGCAGCCGGCAGCCGGCAGCAGGCAGGAGCCGAGCCCAGGCAGGACCCCAGGACGCGGCUCUCAGCCGCCCGAGCCGCCCUGCCCUGCGUCCUCCUGCUCAGCCUCCUCUACCCUCUCCGCUUGGGCGGCCGCGAGAGCCGCUGGGGGGAGGACGGCGCCCGCCUGCUGCUGCUGCCCCCCGGCGCCGGCGGCUACGAGGCGAGGAGGACGGGGAGGACCCCCUAUGCCGAGAGGAUGCUGGAGAGCGGUGGCUGCAAAGCGCUGAAGGAGGGGGUGCUGGAGAAGCGCAGCGACGGGCUGCUGCAGCUGUGGAAGAAGAAAUGCUGCAUCCUCACCGAGGAGGGGCUGCUGCUCAUCCCCCCCAAGCAGCUGCACCAGCAGCAGCAGCAGCAGCAGCAACAGCAGCAGCAGGCGGCAGCGGCGGAGCAGCCCCAGGCGAGCCCUCCGGCCGCCGCCGCCGCCGGCCUCGAGCCUCCCGCCAAGCUCAAGGAGCUGCAUUUCUCCAACAUGAAGACAGUGGACUGCGUGGAGCGCAAGGGCAAGUACAUGUACUUUACGGUGGUCAUGGCCGAGGGCAAAGAGAUCGACUUUCGGUGCCCCCAGGACCAGGGCUGGAACGCCGAGAUCACACUGCAGAUGGUGCAAUACAAGAACCGCCAGGCCAUCCUGGCCGUGAAGUCUACCCGGCAGAAGCAGCAGCACCUAGUCCAACAGCAGCAGCAGCAGCAGCAACAGCAGCAGCAGCUUCCGCGCGACCCGCACCCGCAUCCGCACCCGCAUCCGCACCCGCACCCGCACCCACAGCCUCCUCAGCAUCAGCAGCCCGGCCACCGCCUGCUUCGCAGCACCUCCAACUCCGCCUGAAAGGAUAGAGGGCAGCUCCCCCCUCACCCAAGCCAGACCAGGUUGAAUUAAAGAACUCUUCGGAAAGUUGGAAAGAACACAUUUCUAUAGAGUCUUCAGUUAAUCGGAAAACUAAAGAAACAACUCCCCUGGACCCCAACGGGACUCAAGUAUCUUGGACCUCACCUUUGUGGUAACCUGUGACUCGCCCCCCUCCCACUUAGUUUUCUGCACAGGCGUCAUCAUGAUGCAGGGAAGAAUUUCGAGUCAUGAAGACUUUGACUGUUAUUUAUGAACCUUGGAAAGGCUCUUCUAGAAUGGCCAGACUUCUAGGAGAGAUGAUGUACUGUAAUUUUAUUUUAAUGUAUUUUAAUUUGCAAUUAUUUAUUAGUUUUUUUUAAAUGCUUGUUGUCAGACAUUUCUGAAUGUAGGCCAUUUUCCAGAAAUGAAUUAAUUUGUCAAACCUCAUUUGCUAAUAAUAAUAAGCCCUCAUCCUUGGAGAUGUGGGAAGGGGAAGGAGAAAGGGACAGGAAGAGACACUGAGAAUUCAUUUAUUUAUUUCAAGGAGACCUUAAUAAGGGUACUGUAUGUGACCCAUGGUUUGUCAUGCCAAGUUGAGGAGACAAAAUGCUAUGAUGUUUAAGUUUUUUUAUUUGAUUUUCCCCUAGAGCUAUAUUUUGGGUAGAAAUUCAUUAAAAGCAAUUAAAUGUUAAGAAUUGUGCAUUUAUGAGAAUCUAAUAUUCUAGAUACAGCUUCUCUGAAAGGGGAACAUAAAGAUAUUGAAACUUGGUUCAAAAUAUUUAUUUAAAAAAACACCCAGCUGUUUCAAAGAAUUAUCAGAUUUCUCUUUCAAUUCUGUGGGGCUGGAAGUGGGCCAGAAGCAAAAUGUCACUAUGUGAAAAACUUUAGCUAUUAUCUACAUGGCAGACCUAAGAAGGAGAUGUCUUUUAAAAUUGUGAUUGGUUUUGUACAUUAACUUAAAAAUAUAUGCUUAUAUUAUUUCGAAAAGGAAGCAGGAAAGAGAACGUUUACACUUUGACUCAAGUUAUCAACCCUAUCUGAUUAUGAGCUUUCUCCGAUCUCUUGUUCGACUUGAAUGUUUUUGACCCUUUUUGCAUUGAUGUUUGAAGAAUUCUUCAGUCUAAAAUCCAGGUUGUAAAUAGUUGAAAGGAUUUAAACAUUUCGUGACUUUAGUUUUUGUAGUGAAAAUGCAUUGCUCAGAGAAACCUGCUUUGUAGAUCUGCCAGAUUGUGAAAAGGUAUUGGGGUUGGACAGAGUAAGGAAAAGGAGUGAAUAGAGAUGUACCAGUUCUUUAAAGAAUCCGGAAACCUCACAGACCUUGCUUAUAAGGUAGAAGAAAUACUUCCGUGUUAGAAGAAAAGGAUGGUGCGAACCUACGAAGGACAGAGGCUAUUUUUUUAAAAAAGCCUUUAGAUGUUAAUCACUUCCUUAUCUACAGAACUAUCAGUUGUUUUAAAUUCUUUAGCCCCAGGUAAUCUUUUUUAUCACUCUUUGAAGACUGGUAAGCAUUUGGCUAAUUUGUAAGGUACAGUUAAAAGAGACUGAAUCAAUUCCUUUCCCCCUAGCCCUUGUAGUAAGUAGUUUCAAGGUCCGAUCAUUUUUGAGGGGUAAAACUUAAAUUGAUAGAAGUCUUGCAGUCUGGAAAUCUCUCCUUUAAAAAAAAAAAGAAGAAGAAGAAGAAGAAAGAAAAACCCAACAACCCUAAAAUCAGUCCUAACACUUUUAUCAGGACUAAUUAACCUGCAUCUCUCUGAUUAUGACUGAAAGCUUUAUUGUAGAUUGCUGAGGAGCCAAAAAAAGGCCUUGCUGUUCCAAGGCAGACUGUUGCUUGAGUCAGAGCUGAAAGACUUGCAGCAACAACUGCUUUAGAGUCAGUCUACUCACUGUUGAUCUUUGCGGAAGAAGAAAAGUAAGCUUUCCUACUUUUAAAUAAGGAGUUCCCUCGAGUCAUCAUGACAUAACAUCCCUACUAAAACCAUCAGUUUUUCAAGUAAAUUGAUCUGCCCUUUCAGAAAUGUAUGGCUCUGAAAAGGAACCAUGAAGGUGGUCAAGUCCAGCCUCCUGCCCCAUACAGGGAAUUAGUUAAUAAUAUGUCUGAAAGGAGAUUUCCCAUCCACUGCUUGAACACUUCCAGUGAUAGGAGAACUCAUUAGCUAGCAAAGCAGCCCGUUUUCAUUUCACAGGGCUAAUUCCAUAUGCUAUGGGUAAGAUUUGUACCAGGUAUCUGAGAUGGAUGUGUUAUUUUUUUAUCCUUUUAAAAAAAAAGGAAGGGUAAAUUGUUCCUGUAAGGGGUGAGUGGGGGGGGGAGGACACCACUUCUGAUGUCCUUUCUUUACAUCUUAGGUUUAGAAUUGGAAGGGACCUUAGAGGUCAUUGAGUAUAGCCCUUUCAAUUUAAGGAGAAAACAGGCUCAGAAAGCAAUCUGUCCAAAUCACAUAACUAGUGUCAGAGGCAGGAUUUGAACCCCUUAUCUUCUGCACUAUUACCAUGCUAUUUAUCCACUAUGCUCGUUUAUGUGCCUAAUCAGAGUUUCAAUGUCCUGUUUGUUCUUGAUGGAAGUCACCAGUUCAGAGGGUCUGAUUAGUACCUGGCCCAAAAACCCUUUAGGCUUGUUUUUGUGUGCCUGGCUGCUUACUGUGACAUUAGGUGAGUUUUGGGGGUCAUCUGGGUCUGAUACCCUGGUUAAAUUUGAAGGACAUAGAUUAUAGAAUUUUAGAGUUGAGACUUUAGAGAAAACCUAGUCCAGCCCCCUUAAAACAAGCCCCCAGUCAUGCCAUGGGAGAGGCAGGAAAGCUAAUGAUGUGUAAUGCUUAUUAAAAUAAGUGAGAUGAUAAUAGACUAUAUCGACCUAGGUCUUUCUGGUUUGCAGAAAGCUUCACACUCACUUGAGUCUCUUAAGCUGGUGAAGUAGGUAAUGGGUCCCUCCUCCCAUUUUAUAGCCAAGGAAACUGAGACUCUAAGAGGUGGUCAUUUGCUGAAGCUUGUGCUAGAGCUGAGAUUCCAUCCCAUGUCUUCUGUUCAAAUGUAGUGUUUCUGGCACAUGACAGUCCCUUGACUUAUAACGAUUUGCCUCUUGAAAGCUGGUGGCUACCCAGGUGCUGCAAGGCACAUUAGAAAGAGCCCUAGCUUUGGAGCCAGGAGAUUUGAGUUUCAUUCUUAGCUCUUACAAAAUCACUUAAGUGACUUCUCAUGUCCCUUCCAAGUCUAUCCUAUGACUAGGAACUUUGUUUAAGAGAAAAAUUUCCUUUUUUUUUAAGGAGCUAGAUUGCUUUAAAAUUGUUUUCGUUUUUUUUUUUUUACUUUAAGCCAUUUGUUAAGUAGGCAAUGCAAAGGAUCUGCUAAAAAGCACACUGCAACAGUUUCCUUCCAAGAUCAUUUCUCUUUGUAGCUCCAUAUGCUUAACUUACAAGAUGAAGAUAAUAAUGCUUGCCCCUUAACCAGCCUCUUAAGGUCUUUUAAGGACCAAGAAGACAGUCAGUCUCAUGGAGAAGUAAAAUUUCCCCUUUAAUCUAAGAUAAUAAAAAGAGAAUAUGAAUUGAAAAAUCCACUCCUGGACCAAUGAGAAAUGUGAGCAUUUGGAAAGUGAAAGAAAGGAAAUAUGUGUAUCUUGACUUUUGCUCCCUGAGUGCUCUGUACCUGGUAGGGGCUCAAAUAUUUGUUGAAUAAAGACAGGCUGCUGCCCAGCACCCCAGAAAUAUUUGAACAUGUUGUCUUGCCUGACUUUUCCACUGCCCUUCCCCUCCAUACCCACUUCUGCCAAAUAUCUAAGGCCAUGAUGGACAGACAACAUGUCAAGCCUAAAUGUUGCUUUCAUAACAGAGGCAUAUGCAUCACAGCUCUGUAUCAGCCUGUUUAUUGUCAUAAGGAACCUUAGCAAAAUGUGUAAUUGCUUGACAGGCCUUGCUAGCUGUCAUCCUUAUUCCAGGUGGGCCUGAUAUUUGGCUUUCUCAUAUAAUUUUUGUUAUUUUUUAGCCACCAACAGCUCUUAAGGAGUUCCAGGAAAAUGAUCAGGCAGCCUAUGAAACAAACUCUGAAAUGCCUGAUUUUGUUUCUCUCCAUUUUUCUGGACUUAUACUUGACAGACCAAUAUAUUAAAAUUGGUUGUCGUUUGAAUCCUGAACCAAGCACUUAGCAUGAUGCCUGGCACAUAAAGUAUGCUCUUAAUAAAUACUUGUUGACUUCAUGCCUUGGAAUUCACAGCUCACAUGAAACACCCAGCAUUUUACUUACAAAUUUUGCAAUGUUAAAACUUUAUACUUGGGCAACUAAAUAAGAUGCUGUGAGCUGACCAUUAUCAAAAGCACCAUUUACUUUCCUCUCUCCCACCUGAUGGUUUCUUUGCUCCAGGUGUGCGCAUCAUUUUUAUUUUAUUUUAAAUGUGGAAGAGGGGUCAAGACUUAAAUCUGUCUGGAGUAUGGCCUAGCCCUUAACAAGAGGUCUACUCACCCGGCUAGUAUCAGGAACUGGCCUCUGCUGUUACCACUUAAGCUUAUUUCAGGAGUAUUCCAUUUGUUGUUUUCUUAGUCGUCACACUAAAGCUUUGGUCUCUUGACCAAUAAAAAUAUCCAAAGUGUAAUGUUAAUUAGCUACAUGACUUUCAAAUCUUAAAUUAAGAGUUUUGUGACCUGGUUUUAUGAUGUUCUCUGGGGGAAUAAAUCCAUUCUGCUACUUCCAAACAAUGUAUGAUGUCACAAUGGUUGAAAAUGGCUGUUAUGAUUUUUUUUUUGAGAGGGAUCUUUUGUUUCCCUCUUAAGAUAGUUUCCCCAGAGUCCCUGUGGGUCUUUGUUUCUACCUUUUUCAUUCCCCCCCUUUUUUCUUUUUCUGAACAACGGCUUUCAGAGUUAAUUUUUUGCCAGUGGUGGAGACUGACACAAAUUUACAGAAAAUAGUGAAAUGAUCUACUCAUUUGUUGGGAACGUUGCUUAAUAGAACACAGAGUCCAGCAUUCAACAGUUUUUCCUGGAAAAGAAUAGGAAAGGCUGAUUAAUGAGAGCCCAGUAUCCUUAGUAGCAUCUUUACAGCAGUUGAUAUAAGAUGGUAACCAGUGUUUUUAACUGAAAGCUGUGAUGAAGCAAUGUAAGGAAAGAAGCAGGUUUUGAUAAGAAGAGGCCUUCUGAGAUUUCUUAAUAUUGAUUUUCCGGAGGCAAGAUAGUCUACAAAUCCUUUGCCUGUUGCAUUCUUCAGUAAACCCUUUUCUUUAAGGUUUAUGACAUGUAAAUGCUGGUUUCUGAAAAGUGGAAGGUGCCACAAUGUACCAAAAGUUUUCUAGCAUAUCAUCCUUGUGAAUUGACAAGUGUUAUAAUUUUAGUGUAAAUAGGAUAUUUCUGAGAGAUGUGAUUUAUUUUUCAUAUUUUUUCAAAAUACAUUCCAUUUCCAAUAAAGAGCUAUCUAUUGAAAUGA